CUUUGACCUUUGCCAUGCCGCAUGCCUGACAUUCCAAGACAUUGUAUUUCUGCUUUCUCCCUUAUUAAACUCUCUUAUCCACUGUAUCUAACUCACAGAGAAGACAAAAACACAGAGGUGAGGCACUAUUAUAAGCAAAGUGGGAAACACAUUCUGUAAGAGGCAACAGGCAGCAUGUCCGAAGGAAGGUUAAAGACGUACAAGAACAAGGGAAGGAGCCUCACGGAUAUGAGACAGCGGAGAUCAGAGGUCACUGUAGAACUGAGAAAAAAUCGUAAAGAUGAGGAACUGCUAAAGAGACGAAAUAUAGAAAUACCAGAAGAUGACGAUGAGUCAUCGGCACACUUGCCCACUUUGAGCAGUUGUUCACCCGAAACUCUGAGAGCAUUAGUCGAGAAAGCCCAAAGUGCUGACCAGCCAGAGCAGUUUGAUGCAGUACAGUUAGUGAGAAAAAUUCUCUCGAAAGACAAGAAUCCCCCUAUCGACAUGCUCAUUAAUUCAGGGGUUGUUCCAGUCCUGGUCAGCUGUCUUGAAAGCCCUGUGCUCCAGUUUGAAGCAGCAUGGGCACUCACCAACAUAGCCUCUGGCAACAAGGAGCAAACUCGAACUGUCGUGAAACACGGUGCCGUCCCUCUCCUCAUCAAACUACUGCACUCCUCUCAACCCCAUGUCUGUGAGCAGGCCGUCUGGGCUCUAGGGAAUAUCACAGGGGAUGGUGCCUCCUGUAGAGACUAUGUCAUCUCUGAGGGAAUUAUUGAGCCUCUUCUGUCAUUUGUUCAUGCCAACACUGCAAUACCUUUCCUUCGAAACGUGGCCUGGACACUGUCCAAUUUGUGCAGAAACAAAAACCCACCUCCACCAUUUGAGUCUGUCUGCAAGACCCUGCCUGCCCUGGUGCAUCUAGUGCAGCAUGAAGACCUAGCUGUCAAGGUGGAUGCGUGCUGGGCACUCUCCUUCCUGGCUGAGGGAAAAGACAGACAAAUCCAGGUUGUUGUGGAGUCUCAAGUGAUUCCACAUUUAGUACCUCUGCUGGCGCACAGUGAGGGGAGAGUUGUCAUGCCUGCCCUCCGAACACUUGGUAACAUUGUGACAGGCAACGAUGAGCAAACACAAGCGGUAUUGGACGGAGGAAUACUGCUCCACCUACUCAAUCUUAUGGGCCACACUCGACCUGGAAUUGUUAGGGAAGCUGUGUGGACGGUGUCCAACAUAGUGGCUGGAAACAGAUAUCAAGUUCAAAUGGUGAUUGACGCGAAUCUGGUCCCAAGCAUUAUCUACCUGUUAGGCAAUGGAGAGUUCAGAACACAGAAAGAGGCAGCAUGGGCUGUCAGUAACUUCACAGUGGGCGGAACUCCAGAGCAGGUCAACUACCUAGUGUCGCAGUUAGCCAUACCUCCUAUGUGCAAUCUCUUGGACUGUAAGGACACAACAUGUGUCCAUGUGAUUCUGGAUGGUCUGGCCAACAUGCUUAAAAUGGCUGGCCCUGACGUGGACUUUAUAGCCACUGCUAUUGAAGAGGCUGGGGGACUCACUAAAAUUGAGGCUUUGCAACACCACAAGAACGUGGAUGUGUACAAACUUGCCUACUCAAUCAUUGACAAAUACUUCAGUACAGAUGAUAUUGAGGACUCAUCACUGCUACCAUCGGAGGGCCCCCAGGCGUUUCAAUUUGGCCCCUCGGAUGCACCAGAGGGAGGAUACCAGUUCUGAUAAGACUGUCGAUCCUACAAUCAGAGUAGAUACGGAAGUUGUAAACUUUUCCUGCAUGUAUUAUGAGUUGUGCCUAUCAGUUCCGUUCUGAUGUAUCCCACUUGCCAAAUAUAAACACUCUCGAUGCUUUUUUUUUUUGAUCAUGUGUUUUAUUACUGGGCUCUAUAGCUUUGGCCCAGACUCUUUAUGUGCAUUUUGUAUUACUUGUCACUAAUAUUAUUUAUGUAUGUAUGUAUGUAUGUAUGGUGUUGUACACACAAUGUGAAUCACUACUGUGGCUAUUGUGUAACUGAGAUUGAUGUUUUAGACAUGAAAGCUAUUUUCACAG